AUGGUGGCCUCAGUGCGCUCGGCGUCUUCCGGUUCCCGUGGGGCUUCUUCAGAAUGCAGCGAGGGAACGACUCCGUCAAGCGGCUAUGUGCAGGUCGGGCUAUCCGAGAACACGAACUUGCCGUUUGAGCGCAACCACUCGUUUCUGAACUGGUUACUGCUUCUUCUUCUUAUAGGAGGGAGUUCAAUAGCUGCCGGAAUUUUCUACUAUGCCGUUCCUUUGCGCCAUGAGCUGACUUCGACUGUGAGGACGCAUCUGACCAGUACGCCGUUCAAAGAAGGGGAAAGCUUUUUCCUCAGCUCGUACACCGGAGGCUGGCGAAGCGUGUCGAGCUUUUCACGAGCCAUAGAGCUGCGUAAUAUUCGCAUCAGCGCAUCCGUCCGCCCAGAAACAACUGGCUUCACAAUUGCCGCAGGUGCAAUCACCACCUGGGCAGAUGUGGAGGCCUGGCUUCUUAAAGUACUGGCACCCACUCUCUUUACUGGUAGCUUGGGGGGGGCCUUAGUAGUGCAGCUCGCUACACUCCAUCUGGUCAAAGGCAGUCUUGCAGAAAACGAAAACUCCAACACGGCGAAAGUUGUGUACAAGAGGCUCAACUUUGACGCUGCUGAGGAGAAGACGAUUGACUUUGGACAAAUGUUGGGAGGGACAUAUGCAGUGGAUGCCACAAGUGUCAUCGAAGCCCUCGGUAAUGAAGGCUGGUGGGGCCCGCUUACGACGGCGGCAACGCUGACAAUACGCGGACGAGACGGCAACGGCAACGAAUGCUCUGCGAAAGUCUACUUCAAGCAAAACGCGUCAGGUCUAGUGACGGCAGAAGUGAAAGUUGUGUCGGUUCUUGUCUCGGGAAGAGCGUUUGCCUUUGCUUUUUCUCUCCUCUUUCUGGUGGCGGCCAUAUGCUACUGCAUCGUGGAAUGGCUCGCCUUCAAGCUUAUCAGGAAAACUCGACGCGGUUGGGCUUUCGUCUUGCGGCUUCUGCAUGCUCUCUCUGGGGCUAGUAUAUUCUUCCUGGUGCUAGAAAAGAGCACCGCCGUGUUCGUCAACGAAUUCGGAGGAAUUAUUGCGGUUACAGUUUUGCUGCUCCUCGGAGCUUCAACCUGCAACUACAUUCUGCUGGGCCCUCGCGUCCCACAGUUUCGGAACUUCGGAUCUUCUGUAUUUUACACGGUGUGCUUGAGUUUUGGGGCCCCUUUCAUCAAGUCGAUGCCUCCAGUCGCAUUCAUCGUCGCCGCCAUCGGGUUACUGGUGGUUUGGGCCGUCUUUGUCCCCAUGGUGGUCGCAAUCAACAUCCAGUCGCUCAGAUCUGAUAUAGUUCAUCGAACACGCGAAUGGAUGGAGAAUAAUUUAUUUUUCUGCACUCCAGGCCCUAAGGAUGAAAGCCGAAUUGACGAGGAACUGCAGGUGAGGGCGAGACUUGGUAAGGACGAAGCAGCCGCAAUUAUGCGCGAAGAGCAGGACAACGAAGAAUGCAAAGUUAACGUGUCUGAGGCAGAAGACACAGCGGCUAUUGAGUACAGGAAGUUGGCAGCGUUUUUCAUUCCGUUUAUUGUCUUAUUCUCCCUGGGCAUUUGCUUCCUUUGUGAUACACCCCGCGUAAAUCGCGAAUUGACCAAAGCGGUCGAACAGGCUUUGCAGCCUUUCAGUACGACAGACCCCUUCAUGUCCCGAGACGCUAAUGUGAGCACUCCCCCUGUGUGGAUGUUAUCUCGCCCGGAAUGUGGCACAACCUCUACCGCCUUCCCUGCUAAGCAGCCCGAGGGCGUCCGGCGUCUGUUGCAAAUCACCAGUGUGACGUCCCUGUCGGGGGUUUACGAUUGGUUGGAGCAAGUGUUGGCUGGUCAAAUACUUAAUGCAGCCUUCAACUCCCCCUCUACCACGAACGCAAUUCCCCUUGCAAAUCCUGGAGCUCUUUUACUCCUCAAGAGGAUCGACUUGGAAUGCCAGACGUUUGAAAGCCUCGCUGAUUUGUAUCCUGUCCGCCGCAAGCCGGCGGCAUUUCGAAAUUGGACGAGCGGCACGUUUGGAGGCGGUAAUUUUCAUCCCAAUGCCGAGCGCGUGUACACCGUGCCGGUAUAUUUUUCCGGUUCGGAUGCGCCGAAGACCUUCACGAGUUCUAAACAGGGGUCGGGAAUUCAGACGGCCACAUACAAGGGGAGGAACAGCUUGCCCCGUCAGGUCCAUCCAACUAAAUCUGUUCCCUCUAGACGCCUUUCGGACGCCAGUGAUUACAGCAGUAGGCAAGCCGACGUUUACUGGACUGCAGAGGAUUUUCAAGAAAUAUAUGUAGGCAGCACGUCAAUGAGAACCAAGAUAGAGGAGCUGCGCUCCCAAAACUUCCUCGACUGGCAACUUCUGGAGUUGCAAGUCCUGUGGAUGACGUACAACGGAGACUCGAGCAUAUUUGCUCUUAACAAGGUCGCUAUAACAAUGGAUCAAGGAGGGCUAAAAACUUCCUUGGGGGUGACGGUUGUUCCGGCUUGGCAUGUCCACCCUCUGGAGACGGGUGUGAGGCCUGAAGUGAUUUUCAUACCUUUGGCCCUCGUGUGCUUGCUAGGAUACCUCGUCCUGUCGUAUCGGGCUGUGCAGAAGAGGCGCCUAUAUCCUCUAUACCUCAUUAUCCUUGACUUACCGCUGGCGCUCGCGUUCGCCUGCUGUUGUUUCUUCUUGUUAUGCAUGUACAACGUAGCGUUUGAUCCCGGAUGGACGGACGAAAUAAGUUCGAUCGCAGGCGGAACAGUAACCGGAAGCACGGGACACAUCCCGAAAUUUGUUCCAGGGCCAGUCCAGCCCUGGCACUGGCUUCCCGGCAGCGCUAGCAUGCCCACUAGGUCGCAGCCGCCACCGACUGCUGAAUCCCUACCGCGGUUCUUAAGACUCCAGGAACACAUCGAGACGCUUGCAAAUUACCUUUUGUUUUGCAAAAUAUGUGCUGGGCUGCUGUUUGUGAUCGCUAUGAUCCGUUUUAUCACCAUGGUCCCCGCAAUACCCGAAAGAAUGCAAGGCCUCCGCAAGCUCCUGUCGCACCUGAAUGCUGCAAAGGUGCAGACUGCGUGUACUUUGUGCACUCUCUUUAGUACUUUCCUCUUAUUCUCGUUGAUUGGCUACUGCGUAUUGGGGGGAUCAUACGACGGCUUUUCGACCUUUGCGAAUGCCGUAGUCUCGUGCGUAAUGCUGACGCAGUCGAAGUGGAAUUUCAACUCAAUUAUAACUAUUCCUCAGCAGGGCCGUAGCAUCGGUUGGCUCUUCCAGGUGUUCGCUCUGGUUGUGUGCAUAUUCUUCUUUGGUUUCCUGAACUAUAUCGUCCUUUCUAUGAUUUACGUCCGGUAUGAGUCCUUAAAGGCCGAAGAGGCGGCUGAGAUGCAGAGUGCACUAGAGGCCAAGUACGGAGUAGUGCAACGCAAGCGCGUGCCUCUGAUGGUGAACGACACAGUUAUCCUUUACUUCAAGGCAUUCGUCAAGUGCCUUUCAUUGCAGUCGUGGGGGGUAAACACUGAUGGGGAGCAGAUGGUGAACUCGGGAUUUGUGAACCUCAAGGAUGAGUUCUUCAUGGCCCUAAAGGAGCUACCACUUCUUGAGUACAUCAGCAAGGCUCUUCUUUCCACUCAGAUUGUUCGGCUGCAGCAGUGCUUGACUGACAUUGAGUUCCUGCGUGCUAAACACUAUUUGAUCCUACAUGACCUCGGUGUCAUUGCUGAACAGAUGCGGGUGCUCCGCCAGGUCACUCGGCGACAGGGGAAAUACGUUGCUGGUGUUGAAGCUGCCAUACAGCAUGUGAACGAUCAAAUCGAGGAGGUGCAGGCAAGGAAGGCGUUCAUUUCGUGCUACCAACAACAAGACCCAAUGCACGCAAGGCAGCAAAUGGAGCAGCAACAGCUGUUUGACCUUGGAAUGGAUGUGGGGCUCCAGGCUGCUCGACGGGCAGUUGUUGAUCCAAAAGCUUACAUACCGGAGGAGCUCUUACAUUCGACGCGUUGGGAAGACCCUGAUCGGAAGAGCCGCAUUGAGGAGCUGCAGAACCUCAGAGAGGACUCUCCGCCUCAGAGACUGCAGGCGACUCGAAAGAAGGAGAUCAAGGAUGAGCUGUCAGCCGUGAAGAGCCCGGCUCCAACGACACCAAAGGCGUUUACUCCGCGGAUGGGCGUGGCUGGUCUGUCUACUUCCCCAUCGGCUCCGCCCCCGCAGACUGUGUACCGGCUGCCAGGGGACCCGCCGUGGAAGGCAGUCGUGCCUACUGAUGGCGAAGUAUCGCAGACUCUGGGCCCUCCAAAACAUGAUGAUAGCGAUACAGACGACGAGGACUGGGAUGUUUUGAGACAGCGAUUUGGAGGAGCUCACCAGGGAACAUUUGAACUGCGAGAAAAGGGAGGAGAUAUUGUUGUGGUCAAGCCAUUCCCCGAACCUCCAGCAGAGAGACUACCCAUGGUGAGCAUACCACAUCCUCAGAAGCGUUCCCCACCGCGUAAGCUAGAUUAUUCGAAAUUGCAAGAAGAAAACAAGCAAGCCUUGCCUUCCCCUUCACCCUCUCCAGCUGCAAUGGCUUCAGCUGUUUCAAGUUUCUUCGCUGAGGAUCCGGGCCCACGCCCGAAGACGAACGCUCCAGAAGUGGCCGAACAGAGGGCGCAGGAGAAUGCUGCUUACCAAGGGCCUCCGCAACUUGGCCUUCGGAAACAGCACAGUCGGCGGGCGAGUGCUAGUUUGCCCACAUUUGAGGCGGGAGGCAAAGAAUACAGAAUGCUCCCCCGCACCAAAAGGAAGGAGCAAUAG